AUGGAAGAGCCAAAUUUCCUCAGGAUUUGUUUACUUGGACAUUCUUUUGUAACUCGUUUACGGCGAUAUAUGGACUUGCAUCCAGAUUUAAUGAACUUAAAGUUGCAUCAGGAUUUUUAUAGUGUAUCAGUGCGGGCCCGUGGUGGUCUACGGACCUCGAGCAUCGCUCGUUCCAGAGACUUCUUGACUUUUGAUAUGUUGCCGCACGUGUGUUUUAUGCAGAUAGGAGAAAACGACAUUCUUUUGCAUACCAAUGAAGUGAUUGUACGUGACAUUCUAUCUUUAGCAUCGUAUCUACAUUCCGGAAUAGGCAUACAAACAGUUAUUGUGGGUCAGCUUCUGCGCCGCCAACCUUGGGCAUCGUCACCGGACUUCAACGAUCGCAUCAUCGCCAUCAAUGUCAUGCUUCGAGAACAGUGCUCAAACAUUUCCGGUGUGCAUUUCUGGCCUCAUAGAGGCUUCUGGACAGAUUUGACAUUUUUAUGCCAGGACGGGGUACAUCUCCGAUGCCCCUCCCAGUCAUCCCAUGUUGUGUCCACCUCUCCUAUGUACCGGUUUUGGCGAAGUGUUAGCUCAGCUAUCUUACAGCAUAGGCACAUUUCAGGCCAGUAUCAUUCUGCUUAA